AUGGGAAAGUCGAAGAACAACAAGAAAGUGGCAAUUGCUGCUAAACCUGUUAAUUCUACUGCUCUUACUCAGGGUCGCAUCAGUUUUUCGCAAAAAAGCCGAGCCGAAACCGCCGAAAUUCGAUCGAAAAAGGAAUCCGACGAUUUGGACCCUCCAAUCGUCAACAACAACAGCGACACCGAGAUGGAGGAGGUCGAGAAUCCACGGAAGUACGAUCGCAUUGUCCAGAACAUCGAUUCGUCUCAGUGGAACCUGCAAACUCUUGCCUAUCUCUGCACAAUCCACCGUGCUCGUGGUCAACGCAACAAUAAAAAAGAAGUGGUCUUUGGCAAUGAGCUGUUCUCGGCAUGGGAGAACGAGCCCGAUUUCCACUGGCCUUGGUGCGAAGGGUAUUCUGAAAAUUUCGUAGACCCUCCGGCGACUGAAUCCUGGGAGGAAGCAGCCGAGAAGCUACUACAGAUUUGUGAUGGGGAUUGGAACUUGGUCGAGCAACGCAUUCGAGCUGCGCUUGACCGAGACAUCAAGGACGAAUUUAUUGGGAACGAUCGUGAGCUAGUGGUAUAUGUACGCGGAUUAAUUCUCGGUCUGGCGGUCCAGGAUCCUUUGGUGAUUUUUCCUUUGGACGAACAGUUGGAGGACUCUACGUUUUUUAAUCGGUAUUGGGAUUUUACCUCGGAGGUUGAGCCCCGUCUACUAUUGGA